GUACAGGUUAUGGAAUGAUUUAUGUAUCAUUACAAACCUUUAAGCAUGCAUGCCUGCUGAAAAUUUUUUUAAAAAUACGGUUACUAGCUGUCAGGUGUGAACUUUAGACAGAAUGCAGGAUCAUUUCCUUAAUUUUUAUUUGUUAGUAUUUGUCAUUCUGGCUGACCUGUUGCUCAGUGUUUUCACAAAUGUGCUCAAGGACAUCUUAUAGUAUUCAUAUUACUCAUUACAUUAUUAAAAAUAAGUGAUUUCUUUAUUUUCUUUUCAUGAGAAGUCCUAUUUCUUAUUUCCUCUGAUAUAAUUCCAUAGAAUCCACAGAUUACUGAGUCUAUGUAUUCAGCAUACUUUGCAGUUUUUGCUCUGAUCAUUAACUGACUAUAAAAGAUUUUUUGUUUUACUAAAUGAAAUGUUCCUGCGCUCAUUCAUCUAGUGCUGGGGUUUCAUGGUGGCUUUAUCACAACUUUAUCUUAAACAAAGACAAAAAUGUCGCACUAUUGACUUUUCUGGAAACACCCAUGUAUUUCCAUGACAGCUUUUGUUCUCUGAAAGAUUUCUGUGUCUAUCUGCAUGUAUGUGUGUCUGUAUAAGUGCCUUGCAUGUUUACUUUGCGAAGCUUUAACCUACUGCCUCCAGAGAAUAUACAUAUUUGAAAUUAUACGUAGGAGUGGUAGAUAAAGGUGACAUGUUUCUGUUUGGCUUGGCUUUGGUAGACAGGCUUAUCUUAAUAUUCCAUGAAUCAUACUUUCAAUCAUAAGGAAGUAGAAAAACUACAUCAGCUUGCUGUGUUGAACAGAGAUCAUGUGGCCUUUCAUUCUAAGCUCCACUUGUCUUUUUCACAACCAAAAAGAACAAGAAAUGCAUUAUGGCAUUUUUUCCUCAUUGUUUUGUGCAUUUACUCAAGUAUAAAUGUACAAGAUGCUUGUAUUUUACUUGGGGACUAUAUAGUUGUUCUCUGCUUACAUUUAAUUUUUACUCCAGCUCAUUUAUUUAGUAGCUUUACAUUCCAGUUUCUCAAAGUACUUGUCUUGAAGUAGGAGUGGAAGAUCAGAGCUGUUCCUUUUAAUUAAUGAAUGCGUCUUUUUAAAUAGUACAGUGAUGUGCUUUUGCUUGUGAAACGACAUUUUCAGUGCACAACUUUUACUUGCAAUAGAGUAUCUUUAUAUUACAGCGUUGCUACUUUCACAUCAUCAAAGGACCUGAAUGCUUCCUGACACUCCGAUUCAUUCGCUGCAGCAAUGUUCAGUAAUGUUGGAUUUCCCUUCCACAAGCUUCACAAACACACAUCUUUUGUUGUCAGGUGCCACUCCUCUGUCGGGGCAAAGGUAAAUUUGCAUCUUCUGCCUCCAAAGCAAACACGGUGAUGCAGUCCUGGGUUUGGUUUUCUGCUCUGCUCCUCCCUCAAUACUUGUAUAAAAUGAGACCUCUAGCAGAGAUCAGUCUUUGACAAAAACUCUCCUGUUUUCAGUCUGCUUGUCCAUCUCACCCACUGCUGCCAUGUUUGUUGCUCCGCCCGGCUAUCAGCCAGUCUAUGGCCCUUGCAUUCCCUAUCUGGGGCCCAUUUAUGGAGGCCUGAGGGAAGGAGUGUCCAUCUACAUCCAGGGGUCCAUCCCUGAAGACAUCACCAGGUUCUAUAUCAACCUGCUCUGUGGAGAGUCUGAGGCCAGCGACAUCGCCAUGCACUUCAACCCUCGGUUUGACGGCUGGGACAAAGUGGUGUUUAACUCCUGCCAGGGUGGAUGCUGGGAGUCGGAGGAGAAGAUUCGUAGUAUGCCUUUCUGCAAGGGCGAGCUCUUUGAAAUGGUCAUCAUAGUAACUAUAGAGGGCUACCAGAUUAUAGUCAAUGGGAAUGACUUCUACACCUUUGCACACCGUCUCCCCAUGCAGCGAGUUUGUGCGAUGCAGAUUGCAGGAGAUGUUUCUGUCCAGACCAUUAAUGUCAUCGGGGGUGCUCGAGGUGGCAUGUAUAGGUAUCCAGGAGGAAUGGGAGGUGGAACGGGAGGUGGAAUGGGAGGUGGAAUGGGAGGUGGAAUGGGAGGAGGAAUGGGAGGAGGAAUGGGAGGAGGAUAUCCAGGAGGCGGCAUGGGGGGAGGAUACCCAGGCGGCAUGGGAGGAGGAAUGGACGGAGGAUUUCCAGGCGGCAUGGGGGGUGGAUAUCCAGGAGGCAUGGGAGGUGGUAUGGGGGGAGGAUUCCCAGGAGCAAAUCUGCCGGGUAUGGGUGGACAGCCAGUCUACAAUCCUCCCAUUCCCUACUCCAACAUGAUCCCAGGAGGGAUGUUCCCUAAGAGGACCCUGAUCAUCAGAGGCAUGGUGCCCUAUGGAGCAGACAGAAUGAGCAUCAACUUCAUGGUGAGCAGAUGUCGGGACAUCGCCUUCCACAUGAACCCCAGAGUGAGGGAGGGAAUCGUGGUGAGAAACAGCAUGCUGGGAGGUAGCUGGGGCCAGGAGGAGAGGGAGCUGGGCAUGUGUCCCUUCAUGGAGGGACAAUACUUUGAUAUGUCGAUUCGUUGCGGGAACCAGAGGUUUAAGGUAUUUGUGAACGGGCAGCACUUGUUUGACUUCUUCCACCGCUUCCAGUCCUUCAGUGAGAUCGACCUGCUGGAGAUAGAAGGCGACAUACAGAUCUCUUAUAUCCACUUCUGAGGCAACACACACCUUUGUACUCAACUAUGAAGAGAGUUUUCUCAAGGUUUUAUGUCAAAGCAUACGUCAAACUCCUGAAAUUACAAAAUGUUACCUCAUCCUCUGCUGUACUGAUUAAUACCCGGUUAUUGAAAUAACAAACAUGUCACAAACACAUUUUAUAUGAAUAAAAUUAAUACUGUCAACAUCCA